CAUUACAAACUUAUGUUCUCAGUUAGCUAACGUUAAUCGAAACGUUGGAAUAGUUUUACUGCUUAUAUUCUGAAAUCGAGUCCACUUUUGAUUUAUAUUCUUCUCUUGUGGUUCAAGAGUAAAAUGUACGACGCCCUCCCGCUCUAUUAUGCAUUGACGACAAACGUGAAAUCAACACUACUCGCUCUGCUGCGGCUGCUGCCAGCCAUAUUAAACCGUCGAGAUUGCAUAUCGGUCUUAAAAAUAGGAUUUAUAAAUUAUUUUAAAAAUGUAUUUAUCUUUACAAAAGAGGAGCAGACUGUGGAUGAAAAUUUCCGAGGCCUGUGUUUUAGGAUUCGCAAUGCUUUUGGUCAUGGGUCACUUGGCCUCAGCCAUGGACGUGACUGUCCUGUCAAAGAUGAAUGCCCUGAAUGGCACCAAUGUGCGGCUCAGCUGCACUUUUAACUCCUGCUACAAAAUCGAAAACAGCAAAUUCAGCAUGAACUGGACCUACAAGGAGUGCCACAACUGCACCAACGUGACGUUUCUACAGUACAAGCACAAAUGGAUCUACCCGAAGGACCACCAGUUUGAGGGACGCGUCAACUUCACUGGGAAUCUCAACAAGAACGACGUGUCAGUGACCAUUAAAAACAUUCAGAUUGACGACUCUGGGCUUUUUACCUGUGAAGUGAAGAACCCCCCUGACCGACAGCAGGGCCGUGGCGUCAUUGACUUUAAUGUCAUUACAGAAGUGCCCCCGGAGCGAGACUCCACCAUCGCUGUCAUCAUUGGUGCUUCUGUCGGAGGCUUCCUGGCCGUCCUGAUUCUAAUCCUGGUGGUCGUGAAGUGCGUCCGGCGCCGGAAAAAGCAGGAGCUGAUCUCAGAUGAGCAGAAGAUUGAGGAAGAGGGCAAGAUGGAUGGAGAGGGAGGCACUGAGGAAGGCACCAAGUGUCAAUAGUUUCCUGCAUGGACAUGGGGACUUGUCUAACGCCCUGCUUCCCUGGUGACAGGUUUUGUAUUAUGGGGUGUAAAGCUCGUCCUCCUGCUCCUCCCUCCCUGUGAACCUUGCUGCACAACUAACAACUCUUAAUCCUUUGCCCCUUCUCCCCCAACACAGUGCAUUUGGGUAUUCUCUGGGGGAAAAGGGGGCUCACUGCCAUAUAAUUCUGCCAAGUGACUGCCGGACACCUGUCCUCAGUAUUUAAUGGUGCAUGCCCCUGCCAUUGCGAGGAAGGGAGGUAGAAACAACACCUCUAUACCCCCUUUUUUUUUUUUAUCUGCCCGCUUGUGAAGCCUUGCCCCCCAUGUAAGCGAACACAUGGGGUCCCAGAGAUUCGUUGUCUCCAAAACUCAAGUAGACUGGCCAAAGAAUGAAGAUGUUGUUUGUCUCUGCCUCUCCAUGUCUGUGGAUAGUCACUCCCUGUGGUAUGGUGUUGUGUGGUUAGGGUCAGGGGGAAGACAUGCCCAUGAGGACUCUUAGACGCUGAUGGGUGUCGAAGGCUCACUACUUGGAUCCAUUUGUGUUAUGGGUGGGGGGCUUGGUUAUUGUGGUUGGCCUUUGCACUGAACCCGCCAAUGUUCUGCUCAUGACUCCUGAUUUGCAGUGGCACCCGUUCUCUCUUCUAGUUUACGCAUCAUCUUUCUUAGCUUGCACAGUCAUAAAAGGUACUUAAUAGACUCUGGGAAGGGAUAAGAGGGAAGGAGCAAAGGGAGGAUCUACAAAGGCUGUGGUAACAGUGAAGAAAAUGGAGCACCUAUACGAGCAGGCGAGUUUACAUUUUGACAAUGUAGUUGAGUUGGAUGAGCGAACACCAUGAGUCAGUUCUAUCAGUAAGACGGGGUCGGCCCCUUUGCAUGUCUGGCAGGAAGGCCAUAGUUGGGUGAAUUGAGUUGUACAGGACUCAUUCUGCAGGCAUUGGCACCUCCGACAGGUGGUUUUCUGUGUCCCAUCAUUGUGCCCUUCGUCGUGCUCCAUAAUGAAUCCCUUUAGAACUUUGUCGUUAAUUUUCCAUUUCUUCUUUUGCAUCCCUCAAACAGCAGCUGAAGGCUUUUUUUUUUGCAGGUAAUCAUUUUUUUUCUUCUUGUAUACAAAGUGUAGGGAAAGUAUUGUAAUCGACCAAAAAUCUGAUGUCGACAUUUUGAUGAAUCUCGACGUUUUAGACCUCCCUGACUGUCUCGUAUACAAAGUAUGGGGAAAAUACUGGAAUCCUCCAGAAAUUCUUUCUCGAGAUUUUGAUGAAUCUCGACGUUUAGACCUCCCAGAGUCUGAAAAUACCAUCUUUGAAAUGAUGUCUGUGCCUGUGUGUGUGUGUGUGUGUGUGUGUGUGUGUAUGUAAACACAAACAACCUGAGUACACUUUGGUCAACCAAAUUUUGCAUACAAUUAUUCGGUAAAAAACGUAGAUUUCUGUCAACUUUUGGGCUAUUUCCAUUAACCAAAAGUGGUACUUUACCUUUAAUUCAUGCAUCUGCAGAGUCCAAUUUAUUCAACUUUACUUUCAUAAUAAUUGUUCAAUAUAUUAAUUUGAUUUGAUUUGUUGUUGAUGGUUCUUUAAUAUACAUAAUAUAAAAAGAGAAUCAUUGUCUUGCAGUUUACUCCUCAAAUAUCCAUCCCCAUAUCCAGAGCCACCUUAACAGCAUUAUAGGCACCGCGGGCAAAGUAGUGCACUGGGGCCCCUAACUACACAACCACUCAGCAAGUCACAACUUACAUGGAUUAGCAUGGGCCCCCCUGGCAACUGCCCAGUGUGCCCAUGCGUUAAGAUGGCCCUUGAGAAAGUCUAGGGGACUCCAAACCC